ACUGUCAAGACACUUGUCGGUUACAGGAAAUGACAUAAAACCCAGAGUUCUUCCUUCAAUGCACAUUCUCUCAGAGACCGAGUCAGAGGUGAGACCAGAGCUGCAACAUGUGUUGUUCCUGCUCUAUUAGAGGCUGGCUGAUUUUCUUCACAAUCCUACAAGUGAUUGGUGGCAUGAGUUUCAUUGUCACCCCUUGGAAGUAUUACAGGAGCAGAGAAAAUGACCUAGAUGAACGCCUGUCUCCUGUCAGAUGGACUAUCUUCACAGCAGGUGUGGUCUCCUUUCUCCUUGGCAUCACGGGUCUGCAUGGAGCUCGUAAGAAGAACAAGAACUUCCUGAUCACGUAUUCAGUUGGAUCUUGUCUGCGAUGCUUUGGACUGGUGUUUCUGACCUACUACCUUCCACCACAGCUUCCAAAUAUGAUCAAAGCCUGGUAUGAAGGGUACAUCCCGUUGCACACAAAUGGAAGAGAUGUGGUACCAGGACUGACGGAACUGCAAACCACUGGUGAAUGCUGUGGAUUGUUCCAUGGGUAUAAAGAUUGGGGUUCUCCUGUCCCCUCCUCGUGUACAUGCUAUCCUCUCCGACAAGGGUCCUGUGUUUUUACUGAGCAUGGCUUUGUUUACAAACAACCUUGUAUGGAUCUAAUUGUGAAGAUUUACAUGGACAUGAAUAUUGUGAGGAACACCUGUAUUUUCUACGUGGUCGUUACGGCCAUUGUAAUGCUUCUGGCGUUGGUAAUGACCCGUAGAAUCCAAAAAGCCUCCUCGGCUGAGGUGACCAUGGAUCUUAGCUAUAGAAACGCACCCAACAUGGAAAUGGCAACUACUCCUCAAGCUCCUCCCAUGCUGCCUGCCACACAAGCUCAUCCCAUGCUGUCUUCAACACAAGCUCCUCUUCAUGCCAGCUCUUAUUACCAGCCACCUCCUCCGUACCAGUACGAUGGGAAACACUAGAGGGACGUGACUGACCUGCGAACCCAUAUUGAAUUUCCUCAUUGGUUACAACUGGACCAGGGUUGGGUUUAAGGCUAGGGUUAAAGUUAGGGUUGGGGUUAAGGUUAGGGUUGAGGUUGGGGUCAGUUUUAGCGUUUGCCUUCAUUGGACUGCCAAUGUGUUGCACCCCAAUAUGUCUUAGUAAAGGCUGAGCACACAGAUGCUCAGUUCACACAGAUGCUCUUUCAGUGAUGUGUAUGAAGGGUUAAUGUUUUCAUGUUUUCAUGUUUCUUGUUUUCAUGUUUCUUGUGGAGGUUGUCAGGGCUGCUUUGUUAUUGCCCAUCAUCCUGUUCAACAGUGUUGUGCCUCACAUGCAGGUAUACGCAGUACGUGCAGAUCAGUGCUGUAAAAAAGACCAAACCACAGUACUUUGUUUCAGAGGAAUGGAAAGCAAUGCUUGUCGUGAGAAAAUAAACCACAAGAGUGUAGAUGGGACAAACAAGGGUCUUCCAACUAUUCAAAAAGUCCCUUUGGUUUUACUCUGUUUAAAUGUAGAACAAUACAACCAAACUGCACCUUCACAGAAGUGAUUACUGUGGUCAAACUAAGAUGUAGAACUGCAUCCUAAAUUGUACCCUAUUCCCUACAUAGUGCCCUAUGGGCCCUGGACAAAAGUAGUACACUACAUAGGGAACAGGGUGCCAUUUUGGACAUAGUCGACGUCUUUGCGUGACCUCGAUGAGCAUUUUCAUGUUUUCCACUGAAGAAGGAAGUGACUGGCAUGUUGUUUUACCCCCAAAAAUAAAUAAUAAAUCAAUCAAAUGUUAAAGGAGGGACGACUCAUUAAGAAAUCAGGGCUGAUAUUUAUAAAUCUUCUCAGAGACGGAAGGUUGAUCUUGGAUCUGUUUUUUUCUCCUUCUUAUAAAUAAGAUAACAUGUGUUGUUGGUGUUACAUGGACAAUGGGGGGGGACCUUGAUCCUAGAUCAGUACUUCUACUUCUCAAAGGCUUUAUGAAUAUGGGCCUGGUUCCCUUUACAUUGGGUUGAUUCCUCUGUACAAAAGGUGCUAUGUUGAACCUAAAAAGGUCACUUCGUCUCCCAUACGAGAACCUUUUGAAGAACUAUUUUUGGUUCCAGGUAGAACCUAUUUUGUUCCAGGUAGAAGAACCCUUUUGAGUUCCGUGUAGAACUCUUUCCACAAAAGGGAACCAGAAAAGGGUUCUACCUGGAACCAAAAAGGGUUCUACCUGGAACCAAAAAGGGUUCUCCUAUGGGGACAGCUGAAUAACCAUUCUGGAAGCCAUAUUUCUCUGUAUUGUAAGUAUGGAAUCCACCUGGGCUUCAUAGGUCUUCCUCGGUACCAUUACUGAACUAUUGAAACACGUAAUGAACUAGGAACAUUCCUGGGUCAUGUUCAUUAGGCACUAAAUUAGGUCAGGUUUAAUUAAGACGAGGGUUAAGUUUAGGGUUGGGGUCAGUUUGGGUGUUUGCCUUCAUUGGACUGCCAAUGUGUUGCACCCCAAUAUGCCUUAGUAACGGCUGAGCACUUCUGUUAAUGUGAGACAAUUUGUUUGUGGGUUCUGGAAGUAACGUGCCCGAGGGAAGGGGCCCAUUUCAUUGUCAAACAAUCACCCACGUGAAUCACCCGUUUUCCUGUCUGGUAACUCCUCUAACA